AUGGUCUGGGUGGGAAACCAGACUCUCAUCUCCCACUUCAUUUUCCUGGGCCUCUUCACCCACUCGCCACUCCACAUCUUCCUCUUUUCCAUCACCAUGAUCAUGUUUUUGAUGGCUCUCUCUGGCAACGGGCUCAUGAUCCUCCUCAUCAAUGUCAGCCCCCACCUGCACACCCCCAUGUACUUCUUCCUCAGCUGGCUGUCACUCAUGGACCUCAUGCUCAUCUCCACCAUUGUGCCACGGAUGGCCGUUGACUUCCUCAUGGGCCAUGGCUCCAUCUGCUUCACAGGCUGUGGGCUCCAGAUCCUCUUCUUCGUCACCCUUCUAGGGGAUGAGUGCUUCCUGCUGGCUUUCAUGGCCUAUGACCGCUAUGUGGCCAUCAGCAACCCCCUGAGAUACUCAGUGGUCAUGAGCCGCCGUGUAUGCUGGCUCAUGGUAUCAGGCUCCUGGCUCUUUGGCCUGGUAGAUGGGCUGAUUCAGGCUGUCUUCACUCUAAGCUUUCCCUACUGUGGCUCCCAGGAGAUUGACCACUUCUUCUGUGAUGUCCCUGCUGUGCUCAAGCUGGCCUGUGCUGACACCUCUCUCUACGAGACCAUGAUCUAUGUCUGCUGUAUCCUCAUGCUGCUCCUGCCCUUCUCUGUCAUCUCUGCCUCCUACCUGAAGAUCCUAGUGGCUGUGCUCCGUAUGCGUUCUGCUGAAGGUCGUCAGAAGGCCUUUGCUACCUGCUCAUCCCACAUGGCAGUGGUCUCCCUCUUCUACGGGGCCGCCAUGAUCACCUACAUGAGGCCCCAGACCUACCACUCCUCCAAACAGGACAAGGUGGUCUCUGUCUUCUAUACCAUGAUCACCCCUAUGCUCAACCCGCUCAUCUACAGCUUGAGGAACAAGGAAGUGGCCAGGGCUCUCAAAAAACUCCUAGGCAAAAACCCCUCACUUUAUUUUUCUUGUACAAUUUUAUUGUUGACACAAAUUUUGGAUCCUAGAUCCACCCGAAAUUUUGAAAAAAGGCACGAGGGAGCUGGAUUGGUCAAUGGGGAGUGGUCAGCUCAACUCCUGAUGUGGUCAAAGAAACAAGAUCCUCAGUGGCUGUGGCAUUACAGAAAGUCGAGGGUUGGAUCGAAGGGCAGCAAUCACAUCUUAAACCACAGGGGAAUUGAAACUGGCCCAACCCCAACUCAGUUCUAG